UUGAAAUAGAAUAUACUUCCCGAUGUAACCAGCUGCUUCAACAUUAAACCCUAACACUCGCUCACGUUAGCUGUGUCCACCAAUACCUGGGCGUUGACGUGAAGCUACCUCCACCUCAGCUCCAAGGGAGACACACAAGAUGGCGACAACGCCGUCAGCACAGGCACCGGUUAUGCUGACCUGUGUCCUAAUCCUGCUGACAUGUAUACAAAUAUCACAACAGCAAGUCAAUUUUUACAACACUUGCCAAGAUGCAUCUGCUGUGGGAACCUUGAGGGUGUCUAUAAAUGAAGUAGAUAAUAAGGCAACAAUUGAUGCUUCACCAAAUGAAUACAGAGCUGGACUUGGACUGGCAGGCACUACACAGAGCAUUGGGCUUCAGUUUGAUGCUAAUAAUAAUGCUCAGCUUCCUCCUGCGGAGUACUUUGCUCUGGAGUCUGGUCCUCGAAGUGGCAGCGUAACUGGAAGGGAAUGGUUCCUGAGGCUGAAGAAACCCAUUGACAGAGAUGGUGAUCGUCCAGACUCACUUGACGACAAUACUGUGUUUGAGUAUACCCUCCAGUGUACAGAUCUCACCAUAAACAGAGCUUUCUUAAUGUUGCUGAGGGUUCAGAUUAUAGAUGUCAAUGACAACAGUCCUGUGUUCCAAAAUGAUCCAUAUGCUGUAUCUGUCAAUGAGUUAACUCCAAUUGGUACAACAGUGUUUCGAGGUGUUACAGCCACUGACCUGGACUUCGAUUUCAACAAGAACAUUGUGUUUGAUAUCAUUGAUGGUGCAGGAUCAGAUAAAUUUGCUAUUGACAUCCCAUCUUUGGGAUAUGUGACAGUGAAAAAUACUCUGGACUUUGAAAGCCUGAACUCAGCUGGGAACACCAACUACCUCCUGUCAAUCAGAGCAAUGGAUUCUGCCCAACCACCUGAGGUUAAAAGAACUGCUAUAACCACCCUGAAUGUCACAAUAACAGAUGGAGACGACCAGAAGCCCAUCUUUGUGUAUCCAACAUGUUACACUGAUAGUCAAAAUAGAUGUUUCAACCCAACGUACACUGCAUCCAUGGUAUCAGGACAGUUGCCUGGCGAGAUUUCUGUUUUCCCGUAUCCUGCUGCCAACCCAAAUGUUCCUGUCAACAUCCUAGCCAGGGAUCAGGACACUCUAAACAACCCAAUUAUCUUCUCAGUGGAAUUGACUGAACCUCGUGGAUACGAGAACCGAUUUCAAGUGACGAGUGAGCAAGUGUCAGGUACCAGCACCUACAGGGGACGUCUUCAGUUGCUACAACCCAUUGACAGGAGUGUAGUUGGAGAACUGAGAGUCAUCAUCCGGAUUCAAGAAAAUUCUCCCAAUCAGAGAUACAACCGUGCUAUUUUGUAUCUGACUGUGACCGCAGCAAACAAUAACCCACCCUCUGUGUCAACAUCCAUCGGCUCUCAGAUUGGCUACAUCCGAGAAAAUGACCUGACUGGAGCAUAUAUUAAGGACCAGCAGCUUCAAAAUCCUCUGCAGCUUAUAAUUACAGAUGCAGAUAUUGCUCCUGGAGACCCACCCCAGCAGUAUACAUUUGAAGUUACACCAGCAAGUCCAUUCUAUAUUGACAGCAACAAUUACCUUCGAUUAACAGCUGGACCCUGGAUUAUGAAUCUGUACAACAGUACACAUUCAAUGUGAUUGUACGGGAGCAGGGUACAGCAGAGCAGCGGUCAGGAAGCAUCAGUCUGACAGUCAAUGUUGUGGAUAUCAAUGACAACACUCCAUUCUUUGUUGGAACCCCCUACAG